AUGGAGCUCACCAUGGAGAACCUUCACAGCGUCUCGUCACACUCCCAGGCGGGAGACCUCAUGAACUCUCCGCAUGCUCGGCCAUCGCCGUCCCCCAGCUCUACUCCCCGGAAUCUGGUCUCGCACGCUCCCGGCGCGCGGUCGGCCAUGGUCUCCGGCAUGCCCUCGCUUCUGGAGGGGUCUGGGGGAGACUACCGGACAGACCCGUCCGCGUUGUCCGGACACCUGCACCCGUCCAUCAGCAUGUGCGAAACCGGGAUGAGCCUUAGCAACACAUACACAACUCUAACCCCCCUGCAGCAUCUACCUCCGAUAUCCACAGUGGCGGACAAGUUUCACCACCCGCAUUCACACCACCAUGCUGCCGCCCACCAACGACUCUCGGCCGGGAACGUGAGUGGGAGCUUCACACUGAUGCGGGACGACCACCGUGGUCUUACCUCCAUGGGCAAUCUGUACAGUCACUACUCUAAAGAAAUGUCCGUGUCCGGUAUGGGCCACGGCUCGCUGUCCCCGCUUUCCAGCGGGCUGGGCUCUCUGCACAACUCCCAGCAGCCGCUCUCAGCCUACGGGCCCAGCGCGCACCUCCCCGCCGACCCCAAGAUGCUUUCUCCGGUGUCAGGCUUCGAGACCCACGCAUCCAUGCUGUCCCGAAGUGACCAAGAGCAUCUGGCCAGGAGUUUAGGGGGACAUGGCCACGGCAUGAUCUCCAACAUCAGCGGCAUGCAUCAUCACCCGCACAGUCACCUUCACUCGCAAGCAAACGGUGCAGUAAUGCUGGGGGACCGGGAGAGACACGGCCAUGGACCCAGCCAAGGAGUAUCAGGGUCAGGCAUUCAGGCCGAGGAGAUCAACACUAAGGAGGUGGCACAGAGAAUAACAGCAGAGUUGAAGCGCUACUCCAUCCCGCAGGCCAUAUUCGCCCAGAGGAUCUUAAGCCGGUCGCAGGGCACCCUCUCGGACCUGCUACGGAACCCCAAACCUUGGAGUAAGCUCAAGUCAGGACGGGAGACCUUCAGAAGGAUGUGGAAGUGGCUGCAGGAGCCCGAGUUUCAGCGGAUGUCUGCUCUCAGGCUAGCAGCAUGUAAACGCAAGGAGGAGGACCGAGGACGGGAGCGGAACCAGGUGCCAAAGAAGCAGCGACUGGUCUUCACCGACCUGCAGCGUCGCACCUUGGUAGCCAUCUUCAGAGAGAACCGCCGGCCCUCCAAGGAGAUGCAGCUCACCAUCUCCCAGCAGCUGGGCCUGGAGCUCUCCACCGUCUCCAACUUCUUCAUGAACUCACGCCGCCGAUGUCCAGAGCGCUGGGACGCAGAGGAUCACAGUCUCGGGGGGUCUGCCAAAUUGUCCAACAGCUGCAGUAAAGAGGGCUUUCACAGUCUCAGCUCGAUUAUUGCUGGAGCACUGAAGAAACAACAUCCUGCUGUAUCCAUCUAUUGCACCAUGAACAACAAACUUCCAACGAAUCAGUUUGUGAUUUCCAUCUAUGUGCCAUAUGAAAUUUGGAUGAGGCACAGAAUAUACUCGCCGAGCAACUGCAGUUCUUCUCCUGGAUAG